GCACCUUAGAAACCUCAUGACAGCGGAUUGGAUCGAGUCGGCACAGCUUAUCACAUAAACAGGGCAGACGGGGAAAGGCUGUCAACGAAUAACUUUCCACACACACUUGGACGCACACACUCACAUUCUCACACUCUGGGCGCUGUUGGGGGGAUAUAUAAGACCUCACCAGGAGGGUCUUAGACCCACUAGAUUUCUCUGAGGGAAUGCUUUGCAGUUUGGGUUUUUCUUUCACAUUGAUCUAUCUGCAAAAAUCUUACAUGCCCUUUGAGUGCAAGAGAGAGUAGCAGUUUUUGGAUAAAGUAUGCUUUUCUUUGAUGCCCAACGCUGAUUUUUUUUUUUUUAUGGGAAAAUAAAUCAGCUUUAUUGACACGAGAAGAAAGAAAGCUUAAGGAUGUAAUCUUGAAGUGAGGACUAUUUUCUCUGCAACGUUUUAGACUUUGCUUGCAUUUUGAAUUGUUUUCUUUCUUUUUUCUGUUUAAACUGCAAACCAAAAAUGGAAACACCAAUGCCUUUAGGAAUAUUUCAUGACAAUGUAUCAGUUCUGGAUCUGGACAGUGCUUCAAUAAACAACAUCUUUAUUAACAAGGAUUUUGAUGCCUUCAGUGUCACCAUGGCUGUCCUCUACCUGGCAGUAUGCAUUGUGGGAUUGGGUGGGAACUCUUUGGUCAUCGUCACAAUCCUAAAGCUGGACAAAAUGUCAUCUGCCACCACCGUCUACAUUUUCAACCUGGCUUUGGCUGAUGGCCUCUUCAUGGUAGGACUUCCAUUCAUUGCUAUCCAAAAUUUCCAGGACCAGUGGAUCUUUGGAGACGCGGUCUGUAAACUGGUUAUGGUUCUGGAUGGCAUCAACCAAUUUACCAGCAUAUUCUGCCUGACCGUGAUGAGCGUGGACCGCUACAUGGCCCUGGUUGAUCCGCUGCGCUUCGCUCGCUGGCGGACACCACAGCGGGCAAAAAUCAUUGCUGCUCUGAUGUGGUUUAUUUCUCUUUUUCCUGUCAUACCAAUGGCUAUUCAUUUUUCGGCCCACUACGGUAUGUGCACCAUAGACCCUCAGUUGGCCUCGGACACCUGGUGGUUAAGCUUUCUCAUCUACACGUUCAUACUGGGUUUUGCUCUGCCAUUCACCGUAAUGAUUGUGUUUUACACCGCACUAGUGGUGACUCUAAGAAAUGCCAAUCGGCAACAUGAUGGCGCUUCUUCCUCUGUGGAAAGCCACAGGCUGGAGAAACAGGUAACCAAGAUGGUGGUGGCAGUUGUUGUGGUAUUUGGCAUCUGCUGGCUGCCGUUUUACGUCUUCAACUUUUGCUCUCUGCACCAAAUAGACUUUCUACUCAACUUCACCCGCGGCUUUGAGUUCGUGGUGCUCUUGUCCUACUCGUGGAGCUGUGCCAAUCCCAUACUGUACGCGUGUCUGUCGGAAACUUUCCGAAGACAUUUCCACGCCCUGCUGUGCCCCCACAAAAGCUCCCUUACGCAGUGCGAUAGAGACACCGAGGGUUACAUCCUGCGUGACACUAACAUACCAGAUAUGAACGUGUUAGCUUAGGACGGCCUUUGUUGUCACCAAUCAAUAUAUUGCUUUAAAUAUCAGUGCUUGUGUAGCAAUAUUGUUGGGAGACAAUCCCUGCUUUAACAUCAAUUUUUUAUAGUGCUGACUUUUGUGCCACUUUUGCUAUUAAACAAUUUAGAAGAAAGACUGUAGCAUUGAUAUGGGGGUAAGUGGAACGUCAUUACAUGAUACUUAAUGUGGACACAGAGAGUUUACUCUGUGUCUCCAUGCAAUAGAUGGACUCUGUAGAGCGAUUAUGCAAUUUCUGCCCACCCCAACAAAGUGCUUUCCGAUUGAUUGUGGAUUUUUGGAUGAUGUCACCGUUGUCAUGGCAUCCAGCUUGGCCUGAGUUAUGUGAGAUGGGAUUCUCGUGUGACUGCGGCCAAAUGACUUAAGAAUGUGAUUGUAAAUCUUGGCCGAGCAGUUGAUGAAUUACAUGUUAAUAGCCACAACUUCCAAUUUACUGAGAAUUAUCUACACAGGGUAUUAUUAUUUUUUUAAUGACAUUUUAUUGCCAUUUGUUAUGGAAAUAUUUUAGUGAAAAUUAUGCAUCUUAUUUUCCAGAUCAAUUUUUUUAUUUUACAUUAUACUUUGAUCAUAAAUUAAUGGUGCCUUUUAAUGCAAUCUCAUGGCAAUUCGUACAUAUGUUAGGAGAUGGCUAAUUCAAAUUAUUUAGUACGACCACACUCGUAUGUUUUUGUACGAUUUGCUUUCCUGCCUAUGAUGGUGGGGUUAGGGGCAGGGUUUCAUUAUUGUUUUUUAUUUUUAAGAUUACCAUGCGUUUUGUACGAUUCACUUUGUAUGAAUUCAGAAAUUGUCAACUCUUAAAUUCUGUACGAAUUUCUGUGAGAUCAGGCUGUUUUGUACAAUUCACUUUAUACGAAUGUAUGCAAAUUAGCCAACUCCUUAAAUACGUAAAAAUUUCUGUGAGAUCAGGUUGAUUUUGUACGAUUCACUUUAUACGAAUUCUUACAAAUUAGCCCAUUUAAAAAAUCUGUAUGAAUUUCUGUGAGAUCUAGCUGUUUUUGUAUCAAUUUCAUAAAAAUCAACCAACUCUUAAACUAUGUAUGAUUUCCUGUGAGAUGAGGCUUUUUUGUUUUAAUGUAUCACAGUAUGAUAUAUAUAUUAGCUAGGUAAUGGCAGUAUAUUUGUGCCAAUGUUUUACUAUAUUGCAUGUAUAGGAAAUGAAUUAUCAUUAAAGAACAUAGUUUAUAUUACUUUAUACAUUAUGAAA